AUGGACAGGAUCACCCAGUGGGUUUCGUCCCAGGAUGUCCCUCCCGACCUUACCAUCCGUAUCGCCGACUCCAUCUUCCCUCUCCACAAGGCGGUCAUGCUGCCCAGGUGCGGCUACAUCCGCCGCGCCGUUGCGGCGGCCACCAGGGACCCCUCCGCUGCCGUCGAGCUCGACCUCUCCGCGCUGCCGGGCGGCGCCGACGCGUUCGAGAAGGCCGCGCGCUACUGCUACAGCGCCAACUUCGAGAAGGCCGCGGCGUUCCUCGACAUGCAGCACCCGGCGGACCUGGCGCGCCGCGUCGAUGAGUUCCUCGCGCAGGCCGCCCUCCGCGCGCUGCCCAGCGCGGUGGCCGUGCUGCACUCCUGCGAGGCGCUCCUCCCGGCCGCGGAGGAGCUCGGCGUCGUGCGGCGGGCCGCGGACGCCGUCGCGCUCAGGAUCUGCAACGAGGCACUGUUCUCGACCAGGACGCCGCCGGGGUGGUGGACGGCUGAGCUCGCGGCGCUCUCGCCGGCGUCGUUCAAGAAGGUCGCCACGGCGCUGCGCUGCCGCCGCGCGGACCCCGGGGUGCUUGCCAACGCGGCUAGCGCCUACGCGGAGCUCGCGCUGGCCGUGGUCCUCGCCGACCCCCGGGACAGGGAGGACCAGCGCGCGCUUCUCGAGUCCGUCGUGGACGUGCUCCCUUCGGCCUCCGACGCGCCCAUCCCGGCGGCCUUCCUCUGCGGACUCCUCCACGCCGCGGUCACCACCGAGGCCUCCGCGGCUCCGCCAAGACGAGGCGGCGUCGGAAAGCGGGCGGAGCCGGAGGGCGCGUCGCUGUCCGGCAGAGCAGAGUCCGAUCGGGGCGCGAUGGAGAAGGUCGCCAGGACGGUGGACGAGCUGGAGGCUGAGCUCGCGACGGAGGAGUCGCUUGCGAUCUCCAAGUUCGUGGGCGUGGCUGGGGCGGUGCCCAAGGAGGCGCGGGCGUCGCACGACAGCGUGUACCGUGCGGUGGACAUCUACCUGAAGACGCACCCGGCGCUGGACGAGAUCGAGCGGGAGAAGGUGUGCAGCGUCAUGGACCCGCUCAAGCUGUCGUACCAGGCGCGCCUGCACGCUUCGCAGAACAAGCGGCUGCCGCUGCAGGCCGUGCUCAGCGCGCUCUACUACGACCAGCUCAAGCUCCGCAGUGGCGCGGACGACGGGUGGGACACGCAGACGGCCGCCGGGAAGGCCCGCGCGCAGGCGAGGGCGGACGCGUCGCUGGCGCGGGAGAACGAGGCGCUACGGUCGGAGCAGGCGCGGAUGCGGGCGUACGUGUCGGGAAUGCAGCCCAGCAAGGGGAGCGGGUCGUCUAGGUCGGCGCCGGCGGCGAAGAAGGCGAGCUUCUUGGGGUCGGUGUCGCGGACGCUGAGCCGGCUGAACCCGUUCGAGGGCGGAUGGGCCAAGGACACGGCCAGCAUCGCUGAUGGAGGACGCCACACGAUGGCGCAUGGGGUGAAGCCCAAGAGGAGGUUCUCCAUAAGCUAA